AUGGCAGCGCGGUCCCGCAGACCCUGGCUGAGCGUGGUGCUGGGGCUGGUGCUGGGCUUCACCGCCGCCUCCUGGCUCAUCGCCCCCAAAGUGGCCGAGAUGAGCGAGAGGAAGAGACGCGCCUCCAGCCUUUGCUCCUACUACGGCCGCGCGGCGGGGGGCGCCCGGGCGCAGCAGGAGGCGGCGGCGGCCGUGCUGGGGGGCACCGGCUUCCGGAACAGCCCUUGGGAGCUGCAGGCGGAGGAGGGCACCGUCCCCAGCCCCCCAGCCGCGGCCGGCGGGGAAGGGGAGCCGGAGGAGGAGGAGGAAGCCGGGGAGAAGCGGAGCGGCAGGCACGGGAGCAGCCACAAUGGGAGCGGGGACUGGGGGGAUCCCGCGGGCUGUGCGAAGCCCCGCAACUUCCUCUACGUGGGGGUGAUGACGGCCCAGAAGUACCUGGGCAGCCGGGCGGUGGCGGCGCAGCGGACCUGGACGCGCUUCAUCCCCGGCAGGGUGGAGUUCUUCUCCAGCCAGGGCUCCACCGCCCCGCUCGCGGGGCCCGGGCUGCCGCCGCUGCCAGUCGUCGCCCUGCCCGGGGUGGACGAUUCCUACCCGCCCCAGAAGAAAUCCUUCAUGAUGAUCAAGUAUAUGCACGACCACUACCUGGACAAGUACGAGUGGUUCAUGCGGGCGGACGACGAUGUCUACAUCAAAGGUGAAAAAUUGGAGGAGUUCCUUAGGUCACUGAACAGCAGUAAACCUCUCUAUUUGGGGCAAACUGGUCUGGGAAAUAUUGAAGAACUUGGAAAACUGGGGCUUGAGCCUGGAGAAAAUUUCUGCAUGGGAGGGCCAGGAAUGAUCUUCAGUCGAGAAGUUCUCAGGAGAAUGGUGCCACAUAUAGGUGAAUGUCUUCGAGAAAUGUACACCACACAUGAGGAUGUGGAAGUGGGAAGAUGUGUCCGCCGAUUUGGUGGAACCCAGUGUGUUUGGUCGUAUGAGAUGCAGCAAUUGUUCCAUGAAAAUUAUGAACACAACCGGAAGGGUUACAUCCAAGAUCUUCACAACAGUAAAAUACACACAGCUAUAACACUUCAUCCAAAUAAAAGGCCAGCCUACCAAUACAGACUCCACAAUUACAUACUGAGCCGCAAAAUUUCAGAACUACGCUAUCGCACCAUCCAGCUCCAUAGAGAAAGUGCCCUAAUGAGCAAGCUCAGUAACAGUGAAAUAAAUAAGGAAGAUCAGCAGCUGGGAAUGAUGCCAUCUUUCAAUCGCUUCCAGCCCCGUGAAAGGAAUGAAGUAAUUGAAUGGGAAUUCCUGACAGGGAAGCUCCUUUACUCUGUGGCUGAGAAUCAACCACCCAGACAAAGCAUUAAUGGCAUUCUGCGGGCAGCAUUGGAUGACACAGUGAUGCAAGUAAUGGAAAUGAUAAAUGAGAACUCUAAAUCUAGAGGAAGGCUUAUUGAUUUCAAGGAAAUACAAUAUGGCUACCGUAGGGUUGAUCCUAUGCAUGGAGUGGAGUACAUCCUGGAUUUACUACUUUUGUACAAAAGACACAAAGGAAGAAAACUUACAGUUCCAGUGAGACGUCAUGCUUACCUUCAGCAAUUGUUUAGCAAGCCUUUUUUCAAAGAGGCAGAGGAACUGGAUGUAAGAAGCCUUGUGGAGAAUAUUAACAGUGAUACUCAGUCUUUCUCUUUUCUUUCAAAUUCUUUAAAGAUUUUUUCAUCAUUUCAAGGCACCAAAGAAAUAGGAGGACAUAGUGACAAGAAAAUACAUAUUCUUGUCCCUCUCACAGGAAGAUAUGACAUUUUCUUAAGAUUUAUGGAGAAUUUUGAAAAGACUUGUGUUAUUCCCAGGCAGAAUGUAAAGCUGGCAGUAAUUCUGUUCAGCUCUGAUUCUGGCCAAGAUUCCAGCAAACACAGAGAGUUAAUUAAAGAAUAUCAUAAUAAGUAUCCGAAGGCAGAUAUGACCCUAAUUCCUAUGACAGGAGAGUUUUCCAGAGGUUUAGGUCUUGAAAUGGCCUCAUCUCAAUUUGACAAUGACACUUUGCUGCUAUUCUGUGAUGUUGACCUGAUAUUCACACCAGACUUUCUCCAACGAUGUAGAGAUAAUACUAUUCAAGGACAGCAGGUUUAUUAUCCCAUCAUCUUUAGUCAAUAUGAUCCAAAAGUAAUAUAUGGAGGCAACCCUCCAGGUGACAAUAACUUUGUUUUCACAAAGAAAACUGGAUUUUGGCGAGACUAUGGAUUUGGAAUCACUUGUAUUUACAAAAGUGAUCUACUGAGUGCUGGUGGAUUUGAUACCUCAAUUCAAGGCUGGGGACUUGAGGAUGUAGACCUCUUUACUAAAGUAAUAACUUCUGGGCUGAAGGCUUUUAGAAGUCAAGAAGUAGGAGUUGUACAUGUUUUUCAUCCAGUUCAGUGUGACCCCAAUUUAGACCCUAAACAAUAUAAAAUGUGCUUGGGGUCCAAAGCAAGUACAUUUGCAUCUACCAUGCAGCUGGCUGAACUCUGGCUAGAAAAACAUUUAGGUGUCAGGUACAAUCGAACUCUCUCCUGA